UUUUUAAGACGCAGCACGGGAAGAUCCCGAGAGAAAGAGAGAUCGGGUUAUGAGAAAAAAGCGGAAUGAGCGAGCACGUGUGAGCCCCGAGGACAUGACGUCAUCUCAGCCCCGAAUCCUCAUUGGUCCGACCCAUACACCUCCUCCUCGUCACCCACGUACCGUACACCAUGCAACGAAGAAUCACAUCCACAUGGUGCACCCGCACUCUAUUGGAUGUUUACCUUCUCGUUUGUGAGGAUCCGCUCCCACCAUCCAACAGGAAUCGAGAAGAGGAUGUUGAAACACGUGGGAUCGACUAGCCCGGUUCGAUCCCAAAAUGGACGGAGAUGGAAUAAAGAAGAGAAAGAGAGUCUGGUGUGCGACCCCAUGAUUUCUUCAUCCCGAUGUUCCAGUUAUUCGAGCCUCUGCGACGGCGCUUCCCUAGUUUCCACGGUGAAAAGCCAACCUUCACCCAUGAAGAGGAUGGCGAUGAUGAAGAUCUACGCGAGAUGUCUUCGACCGGACGUGGAAUACAAGACCCUUUUGAUCGGAGGAGAGACGACGAGUGGAGAAGUGAUUCGGACGCUGAUCCAAAAAUGUCGGCUUCCAUUCAACGAUCCCAAUCUCUACAUCCUCACCAUGGAAGUCGGUCUCAAACGAGGGGGAGUGGAUAUGAAGACGGUGUUGCUGCUGGACGACUCGGCGCGGCCGAUGGACUUGGCGGCGAUUCACACGGAAGGAAAGUUUUGUCUCCGAAUGAGGCCUGGGGGUGGGACCCUAGAUAUCUACGAUCCUGCCGCCGCCUCUGCUGCCGCUCUCUCCGACCACUCUCAUUUCAAGAGCCUGUUCGUGUCCGAGAGGACGACAGCCGAACAAGUGAUUCGACUCUUGCUCGACGGCUACGACAACAAGGACGACGAGAAACACUUCUCACUCUACGAGGUACCCCCGCAUUCCAUGCCUAUCCUGCCGUGGAGCGCGAGCGACCUUGCGGAGAAGCACAAGUGGAUGACGUCAGAGCCGGAGACAGACGUCGACGCGGAGGAAGCACUCUUUUACAUUUGAAUCCCAAUUGGAAUAUCUUCGAACCUAGUCAUUGCACGUCUCUCUUCAUUUCCCUUUAUCCAAUGAAACCCCUCCUGAU